AUGACGCGUUGGCCCUUCAAUUUACUACUAUUGCUCUCGGUGGCAGUACGCGACUGUAGCAAUCAUACCAUCCUCACAGUUGGCUAUCUAACGGCCCUCACUGGCGAGCUCAAGGACCGCCAGGGUUUGGCCAUAUCCGGUGCGCUGACAAUGGCACUGGAUGAGAUCAACAGAGAUCCAAAUCUGCUGCCGAAUGUAACGUUAGCGCUGCGCUGGAAUGAUACCAAGGGUGAUACGGUGCUGGCUACCAAGGCCAUCACUGAGAUGAUAUGCGAUGGUAUUGCGACCAUAUUUGGUCCGGAGGGGCCCUGCUAUGUGGAAGCUAUUGUCUCGCAGAGUCGCAACAUUCCAAUGAUAUCCUAUAAAUGUGCAGAGAACCGUGCAUCCUCGAUACCAACAUUUGCACGCACCGAGCCGCCCGACACGCAGGUCGUUAAGUCGGUGAUUGCAUUGUUGCGCUAUUACGCCUGGAACAAGUUCUCCAUACUCUACGAGGAGGUAUGGGGCACCGUUGCCGAUCUCCUAAAGGACCAGGCAUCCAAGCGCAACAUGACCAUCAAUCAUAAGCAAUCGUUUAUCGACGAUCGCGCCAAAUGCUGUGAGCAAAUGAUGACCUGUUGCCGCUCCGGCUAUUGGUAUCAGGUUGUGCAAAACACGAUGAAUCGCACACGGAUCUAUGUGUUUCUCGGUUCGGCGAACAGUUUGAUUGAUUUCAUGAGCUCCAUGGAGACGGCCGGUCUAUUUGCGCGCGGCGAGUAUAUGGUCAUUUUCGUGGACAUGAUGGUCUACUCGGAACGUGAGGCACAAAAGUAUCUGCGCAAGGUGGAUCAAAUCAAUCGGAUGACCAACUGCAAGAGCACCGAGAACUUUAAUCAAUUGGCGCGCAGCUUGCUCGUUGUGGCAUCAACGCCGCCCACCAAGGGCUAUGAGAAGUUUACGGAGCAGGUGCGCAACUACAGUUCGAUGCCGCCCUUUAAUUUUACAGUGCCACAGCUCUUCUCGCAAAGCAAAUUUAGCAAGUUCAUUUCGAUCUAUGCGGCCUAUCUGUAUGAUUCCGUAAAGCUGUACGCCUGGGCGCUGGACAAAAUGCUGCGCAUGGAGGAGCGUGUGCUCACCGAUGAGGUCAUCUCUGAGGUGGCCAGCAAUGGAACGCGUGUCAUAGAUACAAUCAUCAAAAACCGUACUUAUAUGAGUGUCACCGGUUCCACAAUCAAAAUCGAUCAGUAUGGCGAUUCGGAGGGCAACUUCUCGGUGCUGGCGUACAAGCCGCAUAAAUGGAACAUAUCCGAGAAUAUCCGUUGCAAUUAUCAUAUGGUGCCCGUGGCGUAUUUCCAUCAAGGCGAAGAACUUCCAGAAUAUAAACUGAUAAAUGGCUCGAUCGAUUGGCCCUCCGGCGGCGAGAAGCCCACCGAUGAGCCCAUGUGCGGAUUUGCCAAUGAGCUAUGCAAAAAGGAUGAUACCCAUUACACAUCCACUGUGGCCGCGGUCGUCCUGGGCGUCUUACUAUUCUGCUCCGGGGUGGUCACCAUGAGCAUCUAUCGCAAAUGGAAGAUCGAGCUGGAAAUCGAGGGUUUGCUGUGGAAGAUUGACAUUUGUGAAAUCAAGGACUAUUCCGGCAAUGAAAUUGUCUCAUCGCCCAGCAAAGUCAGCCUGAUGAGCGCCCAAAGUUUUGGCUCCCGUUGGUCCCAUCAGUUCGUUACCUCGACCGCGCGUCUGCGCGGCGCCGUUGUGCGCAUCAAGGAGUUAAAGUUUCCACGCAAACGCGACAUCUCGCGCGAGAUCAUGAAGGAGAUGCGUCUGCUGCGCGAGCUGCGUCACGACAACAUCAAUAGCUUCAUUGGCGCCUGUGUGGAGCCCACACGCAUACUGCUAGUCACGGAUUACUGCGCCAAGGGCAGCCUGUACGAUAUCAUUGAGAACGAGGACAUUAAAUUGGAUGAUUUGUUUAUAGCCUCACUCAUAAAUGACCUCAUCAAGGGCAUGGUGUACAUACACAGUUCACAGCUGAUCUAUCAUGGCAAUCUCAAAUCCUCGAAUUGUGUGGUCACCUCACGCUGGAUGCUGCAAGUCACAGACUUUGGUCUGCACGAGCUGCGUCAGUGCGCCGAAAGCGAGUCCAUUGGCGAGCAUCAGCAUUAUAGAAAUCAACUUUGGCGCGCCCCGGAGCUUUUGCGCAAUCACCAUAUGCACGGCAGUCAGAAGGGGGAUAUUUAUGCGUUUGCCAUCAUAAUGUACGAAAUAUUUAGUCGUAAGGGUCCGUUUGGACAAACCAACUUUGAACCAAAGCAAAUUGUGGACUUAGUCAAGCAGCAGCCACUUAAAGGGGCAGAGCCGUUUCGGCCGGAGGUCGAGUCUAUUAUUGAGGCUGAGUCCUGUCCGGAUUAUGUGCUGGCCUGCAUUAAGGACUGCUGGGCUGAGAAUCCCGAAGAUCGACCCGAGUUCAGUGCCAUACGCAAUCGGUUGAAGAAGAUGAGAGGUGGUAAAACCAAAAACAUCAUGGAUCAGAUGAUGGAAAUGAUGGAGAAGUAUGCCAAUAACUUGGAGGACAUUGUCACAGAGCGCACGCGUUUGCUGUGCGAGGAGAAAAUGAAAACGGAGGAUUUGCUACAUCGCAUGCUGCCCCAAUCGGUGGCAGAGAAACUAACCAUGGGCCAGGGUGUUGAACCCGUCUCCUAUGAUUUGGUGACGAUCUACUUUAGCGACAUUGUGGGCUUCACAGCACUCUCCGCAGAGAGCACACCGUUGCAGGUGGUAAACUUUUUGAAUGAUCUCUACACGGUGUUCGAUCGCAUCAUACGUGGCUAUGAUGUGUACAAGGUGGAGACCAUAGGCGAUGCCUACAUGGUGGUCUCUGGUCUGCCCAUUAAGAACGGCGAUCGGCAUGCGGGUGAAAUAGCGUCCAUGGCACUGGAUUUGCUGCAUGCGGUCAAACAGCAUCGCAUUGCCCAUAGACCCAACGAGACGCUGAAGCUACGCAUUGGUAUGCAUACGGGUCCAGUCGUUGCAGGCGUCGUCGGUCUCACGAUGCCACGGUAUUGCCUCUUUGGGGAUACGGUAAACACCGCCUCGCGCAUGGAAAGCAACGGUGAGGCGCUUAAGAUUCACAUAUCCAACAAGUGCAAACUGGCGCUAGAUAAACUGGGCGGCUAUAUCACCGAGAAACGCGGCCUGGUCAGUAUGAAGGGCAAGGGCGAGGUGGUCACCUGGUGGCUAACGGGCGCCAAUGAGAAGGCCAUACAAAAGAAGCCCGUGGAUAUGACGGAUAUGCCGCCGCCGCUGUUCAGUCGGCCGCGUAAAAGUCCCAAACUGAAUCCGGACUCGAGACAGCCCAGUUUGCUGGCCAUGCACAAUUGCGGUACCGGAUCGCGGCGCCAGAGCAGCGUGCCACGUCCGGCGGAUGGAGAGUCCACGUACAGCCUGCAGGGCUCCGUUUAUCAGGUGGCGCGUGAAUCGCCGCGACUAACAGCGAGAAGAGAGCGGGAACGCGAACGGGAGCGAGAGCGAGAUCGUGAACGACCCGCGCUGAAUGGCCUGGGCGGCCAUUUCGUUGGCGGCGCACUGCUGGAGUCCGCGCAGGCUUCGCUCAGCACGCUGAAUCAUUCCGAUACAAAUGAAACGAACUGUGAUAGUAACGAAGCCACCAUUCUCGAUGGCGAACUGGAGUUAAACGGCGGCAUCUGCGGCGGCGCUGCUGCCACUGCUGCUGCUGCUGCUGCUGCUGCUGCAGCUGGGCUGGUGCGCCAGCCAAAUGCGCUGCACAAGCCGCUGGCCAUGGUGCGGCCACAUCGCAUCAUUAGUGCGGCACAGCUGCUGCCCCUGGAUCAGGCCAUUCCGGCAUCUGCGGUUGCGGAGAUGCUGCUGCGCGAGUCACGCUCGCUGGAUCCGAUGCCGCUGCAGCACCUGCGUAAGCGGCACGAACGCGGCAAGCUGCCACCCUCGAAGCUUUCCAAGAACAAUUCACGUUCCCUGGACACGGGCGUCUCGCUGAUUAGCGGCAAUCCCAACGGCGAAACGGCCGCCGAGGAGGAUGAAACGGAUGAUCUGUCGGCCAAUCCGGUGGAUGCCAAUGACGGCUACGACGAUGAGCUGGGCCUGCUCAUGCGUCACGACAACGGGCAGCUGCCCAUGCUGCGUUACUCGAGCAGCUUUGCCAAUGCCCAGCCGAGCAUUGUGCCCGCCGGCGCCAGCAGCAGGCGGCGCAGCAGCAACGUCUCCUCGAGCAGUUGUGCCAAGCACUUGAACAACAAUUGCAACGGUGGCAUGAACAUUGAGGAGGAUCUACACUCGCCGCUGCUGCAGCGCCAGGCCUCGCUCACAGCGCCGCCCGAGGAGCUGAUGGCACACUCAAAGCGCUGGCACUCACUCGAGCACAUGGAGCCGGGCGUCACCGGGCAUGGCAACAGCGUCAGCUAUGCUGCGGACAUUGAACGCCGACACGAUCAAGCCCAUGAUGGCGGUGGCGGGAGCGUAGGCGUUGGCGGCGUCAGCGGUGGCGGCUUGGAUAUGCAUUCAGCUGCCAAUCAGCGUGGCACACGCGGUGGCGGCAGCAGCAGCAGCAAAGUUGGCAACUGGGUGGUCAACUUUUUCAAGGGCAACGGCAUGCGCAGCGUCGGCGCCAGCGGCGAUUCCACACUGCGGCGCGUGGGCAUCCUGCCCAGCAGUGUGCAGGGUGUGCGCAGCGGCUUUACCGACAUGACAGCAGCGUCCACGGCACGAGAUCGUGAGAGUAUUGUAUAGUUUGGCUGAGCGUUAGAACGAAUGAAACGUCUAAAGGGGGGGAAUGUUACUCAGGAACAGUGCGAGCAGGAAACGAAUGUCUAAGGUAUAAAUAACAUACAUACAUACACAUCAUUUAUAUAGAUCUGUUUUGGCUUAUAUAUGUAUAUUUGUUGUACGUUGAUUGUCGUUUGUGUUUAAAGCUCUAUAUGCCUAUAGAUGUACGUAUAUACGCAGAUACACAUGCAUACACAUAUAUACAUAUGCAUACACGCAUGUACG